AUGGACUCAAGAGCACUCACCGAAAGCAUAGGCAAUGCUGAGGUUAUACUCGUUGCGCACCAUGUUGUCACCGUCCGCGUACCACGCCACCUCGUCCCCCUUGUUGAUCUCUCUAGGACUGCAAAACGAAACACAAAAACGCAUGAGACAAACAUCCAGCUCAAAGCCCACGAAAAAUCCAAUGCCUUGUCCCCUCCAACCACGGCACAAAGCGCGCAAAUAAGAGUAGAAGCACACCUGAGGGGCCGGAAGCGGACGGUGACCAUGAUGUUCUCCUUGGUAUUGGCCGCGUCCACGAGCGGCGCCCUCCCCGCGGCGCGCGAGGAGAUCGACGAGGGCGUGGUGGGCCGCGCGGAGGCGGUAGAGGACGGCGUGGCGGGCCGCGCCGAGGACGACGAAGGGGUGCUGGGGCGCGCGAACGCGUCCGACGGGGUAGCGGGGCGGCCACCGGAGGACGAGGGGGUGGUGGGUCGCGCAGAGGCGGUAGAGGAGGGGGUGGACGGGCGUCCUCCAGAUGAGGUCCUCGCCGGAGGAGGAGGUCCCGCUGCCGACGCUGCCGGAGCCUAG